GUGCGAUUGUUUGGUUUUUCGUCGCGCGUGAAUGGCCGGAGAGGACGCGACGAAGGUGGACGUAGCGCUAUUUCGAGACGCUUCUGUCUUCCACGCGACGACGACGACGACGAGAUGAUACGUGGUUGCGACCGUGCCAACUUUUGAGUACCGAUAUUUCGGGAGGAUACGUGAACUAUGCACUUAAAAUGGCCUAUACCAUGAUCUGGUGGAGUGGUUUGUUUGUUGUCGUUUGCAUUUCAUGGUGCGACACGUCUUCUAGCCAUGACUCGCCUAUGGUUAUCUUUGCCACACAUAAGGAUAUUAGAAUGGCCAAUGUGUCUCGCAACAACAAAGUCAGUGUUGUUGUCAAAGAUCUGUCGGAAGGCGCAGCACUUGAUUUUUAUUAUGAGCGCGAGCUGAUCUGCUGGUCAGAUAGUGGCCUGGAGAUGAUACAAUGUUCAUUCUUCAAUGGCACGUAUACAGGCGAGAAAAUAACUGUGGUGAACUCCAGUUUGAUAUCGCCCGAUGGUCUUGCCUGUGACUGGUAUACAGGCAAGCUGUAUUGGACGGACGGCGAGAAGAAUCGGAUCGAGGUGACAAGUAUCGAUGGUCAUCACAGGAAGGUGCUCUUCUGGACGGACAUUUAUCAGCCGCGCGCGAUCGCCCUGGCGCCGAUGCGGAAUCUCCUCUUUUGGACCGAUUGGGGCGACAUACCUAAAAUCGAGCGCGCCAGCAUGGAUGGUGAUCCAAGUACGCGCGAGGUAAUCGUGUCCGAGAACAUAUUCUGGCCGAACGGCCUAACGGUGGAUUACGAAAGCGAACUCAUCUAUUGGGCGGACGGUAGAUUGUCGUUCAUCGCCGUGAUGGAUUACCACGGUCGCAGUAGACGCACGAUAAUUGGCCAUGGUCUGGAAUACCCGUUCGCCAUCACCUUUUUCGAAAAUCGGCUUUACUGGACCGAUUGGAAAACUUGGUGUAUCCACACGUUCGACAUGCGCCAAUCGCAAUCACAUCCGCGGGAGUUAUUUCACGGCGAAUAUAUACCUGGAGAUAUUGAAGUCUGGGACGCGAGAAGACAGCCCUACGGUGAUAAUCCCUGCAGGGUGAACAACGGCAAUUGUUCCCAUCUGUGUUUACUAAGCAUGGGAGAGCGCGGUUACAGUUGUGCUUGUCCUACGGGCGUCAAGUUGCUGGACCGUUACACGUGCGCCAAGGGACCGCAAGAGCUGCUGCUGAUCGUUCAGCGAAACGAGAUCUGUCGAAUAUCCCUGGAUUCGCCCGAUUACACCAACUUUGUCUUGCCGCUCACUGGCAUCAAGCAUGCGAUCGCGAUCGACUUCGAUUCGGUGGACAAAAUGCUGUAUUGGACCGACGAGCAAGCUUGCGCCAUCAGACGCGCCUAUUUGGACGGAUCGGGUCAGGAAGACGUAAUCGUCGCGGAGGUGGUGAAUCCGGACGGAGUCGCGAUAGACUGGAUCGCCCGCAAUCUGUAUUGGACCGACACCGGAACAGAUCGGAUCGAGGUGGCACGAUUGAACGGCACCUAUCGGCGUGUGUUGGUAAACGAAGAUCUCAUCGAGCCGCGGGCGAUCGCAGUCGCGCCCGAGCACGGCUUGAUGUUCUGGACUGAUUGGAACGAGAAGCGGCCCAAGAUCGAGCGUAGCCAUCUUGACGGUACCGGGCGAGUAGCGAUCAUCACUAAGGACAUCGUCUGGCCGAACGGCAUCGCGUUGGACCUCGAGCGUGAAAAGAUCUACUGGUGCGACGCCAAGACCGAUAAGAUCGAGAUGUCCAAUAUGGACGGUACUGAUCGGCGCGAGAUUAUCACCGACAAUCUGCCGCACUUGUUCGGUCUGAGUCUGCUGGGCGAUUAUCUGUAUUGGACUGAUUGGCAGCGACGUAGCAUUGAUCGGGCGCAUAAACUCACCGGCGGUGAUCGGGAAGUCAUCGUCGACCAGGUGCCUAACGUCAUGGGACUGAAGGCCAUACAUCUCGGCCGACUAAGUACCAGCAAGUCGCCGUGCGCUCGCGACAACGGCGGUUGCAGCCAUCUUUGUCUUAACAAGCCUCACAACAGAUAUGUUUGCGCCUGCCAGAUCGGCUACGAAUUAACCAAAGACAAGCGUACGUGCAUCGUGCCGGAAGCCUUUUUGGUGUAUGCUAGGAGAGAGAACCUCGGCCGAAUCAGUAUCGAGAAUACCAAUAACGAUAAUAUUAUACCUGUCACUGGUAUCAAAGAAGCCAGCGCCUUGGACUUUGAUUUACUCGAGAAUCGUAUUUAUUGGACGGAUGUUAAAAUAAAAGCCAUUACACGUGCCUUUAUGAACGGAUCGGACAUGGAAAGGGUGGUCGAUCUUGGCCUAGAAUCGCCGGAAGGUCUCGCGUUAGAUUGGAUCGCGCACAAUCUUUACUGGAGUGAUACCAACAUGCGUAGGAUAGAGAUGAUCAGAUUGGAAGGUGGCAGCAGGAAGGUACUCGUGUGGCAAAACCUCAUCGAGCCCAAAUCUCUAGCUCUAGAUCCUGAGAAAGGCCACAUGUACUGGGCCGAGUGGGGUAAUUUCGGCAGUAUAGAGAGAGCUUUAUUGGACGGCACGCAACGACAGGUGACUGUCUCAAACAUCGGCCGAGCGAACGGUCUGACCCUCGAUCACGUUGCGCGCAAACUGUACUGGGCCGAUGUCUCUACGCCCGCGAUCGACUGUUACGAUCUUCUUACACGAAAAAGAGAGGUGAUUAUCUCACGCGACAUAGGCUAUCCCUUCAGUAUCACGCAGUAUCGGAAUUAUAUCUAUUGGACUGACUGGAACACGGACGAUAUUGAGCGGGCGGAUAAGCUCACCGGGGCGAACCGAACCAAACUCCACGACAAGCUGGAGUCAGUGACGGAUCUGAAGGUGUUUCACGAAUCGAGACAGGCCGGCUGGAACUCGUGCGCGAUCACGAACGGUAAUUGCAGCCAUCUCUGCAUCGCUCUACCGGGACCGAACAACGGCGGCGUCUCUGUUGCGCACAGAUGCGCCUGUCCUACGCACUACACAUUAUCAUCGGAUAAUCGGACAUGCAUAGCGCCCCGGCAGUUUAUGAUCUACAGUUUGCGCAACGCGAUCGCGCGUUACCUGCCCAAUCAGGCGGACGAUUGCGCGGACGUAGUGCUGCGCGUGCCAGGCCUGAAGAACAUCCGCGCGAUCGAAUUUGACCCGGUGACGCAGCACGUCUACUGGAUCGAUGGGCGCACCAUGUCGAUCCGCCGCGCCCUCGAGAACCGUACACAGCAGCAGCACAGUAGCAAGGUCGUGGUGUUCACCGGCGGAGCCGGGCAUCCGUUCGAUCUUGCGCUGGAUCCGCUCGGUAGACUGCUCUUCUGGACCUGUAGCGAGAAUGACGCCAUCAAUGUCACACGAUUGGACAACGGUUCGGCCUUAGGUGUCGUGGUGAAGGGCGAUGGCGAGAAACCACGUAAUAUCGCGAUUCAUUCGUUGCAACGAUUGCUUUUCUGGACAGACGUGGGCAAGAGGAUGCGAGUGAUGCGCAGCAAGAUGGAUGGCAAGGAACGCCAUAUGAUUGCCGGCGAGCUGUCGGAGCAGCCGACUGGCUUGACCGUCGACGCCGCGAUGAACGUCGUCUAUUGGGCUUACGGCAAACAGAUUGAGUGUGCCGACUUCAAUGGCAGCAAUCGUAGAAUUUUGGUGGCCACUGCCACUGAACAGAGUUCGCCAAUCCAUUUAGCUGUGCUUUACGACCAUCUCUACUGGUACGAUCGCGAUCAGGCAGUCCAGCGAGUCGAUAAGACAUCCGGCUCGAGUAUCAAACAAAGCGCGCUGAUGUCGACAAGCCGCGCGCUCACGGAUCUCAUCGCGGUUAACACGCCCGAGGACUCGCUCAUGGAAACCCAUGUGUGUAGCCCAUUCAACGACUACGGCGGUUGCUCGCAUUUCUGCAUCGGCACCACCACUACCGGCGCCGACGACAGUGCCUCUGUGUCGCCGCGUUGCUCGUGCCCGCGAUCCUUGGUUCUAUCUGACGACAGUCGCACAUGUCGUGCGGCCCCUGCUUGCGGAAAUGACCAUUUCACUUGCGCCGCGCCAAGCCCGGUCAUAGGCAAAGACUGCAUACCAGUCACUUGGAAGUGCGACGGUCAAACUGACUGUCCGGACGGCAGCGACGAGCUGGGAUGUUUCUCGUGCACCCGCGAACAGUUCAGAUGUCAGAGCCGCUGUAUCGAUAUAUCUUUUGUGUGUGAUGGGUCGCCGCAAUGCCCGGACGGAUCGGAUGAGGCGAAUUGCUGCGAGUCCGGGCAAUUUCAAUGCCACAACGGCGUCUGUAUCGCCGGGAGGUCCGUGUGCGACAACUGGGACGACUGUGCCGACGGUAGCGACGAGCUAUCGUCAGUUUGUGCCGGUGCACGUCGAGAUGGAUUCAGAAUCGGCAAAAUGACUUAUAUCAUCGUUAUUCUGAUAGUGGUGAUCGUGGUCGCCGCGAUCGUUUUAAGCUACUACUACUGCCGCAGAAGGUUUACCGGAAACGAAGGUCUGCCCGAUAUAUUGCAUGAUUCGGCGGGAGAUCCGUUAUCACCGAAACCAAACAAUAAUCGAGCGGUGAAGCCAAUGUUCACUUCGCAGAAAAAUAACAGGAAAGAUGGCGUAGGAGCAGGGGGAGGUCUCAAAGCUGGGAUGGAAACUGUGAGAAUGUCCAUGCUGAACGGGAGCAGUCUUGGCUCUAGCUACGAUCGCAGUCAUAUCACAGGCGCGUCUAGCUCCACCAGGGGAAGUUCCGCGGGUGGAUAUCCUCAGGAGACACUGAACCCGCCGCCGAGUCCGGCGACCAUCGCUAGCUCAACACGUUGCUCGAGUAGCAACGCGUCGCGAUACAAGCCAUAUCGACACUAUAGGAGUAUCAAUCAACCGCCACCGCCUACUCCGUGCAGCACCGAUGUCUGCGACGAGUCGGACAGCAAUUACCCGGCGCGUUACCGUUAUGAAAGCGAGCCAUUCCCGCCGCCGCCUACCCCGCGCUCCGUCUAUCACAGCGACGCGGCGAUCAGCUGUCCGCCGUCUCCCAGUUCCAGAUCGUCCACGUAUUUUAGUCCGCUACCGCCGCCGCCAUCGCCAGUGCCUUGAGACGAGUCUCGACAUAGAGACAAAUAGCAUUUUUAACGGACUUCAGUAUUUCUUUUUUUACCCCUCGUUUUAUUUAUUCAUUGACCGAUAUUAAACCAUCGCACGCGAAAAAUUCGACCAAGAUAGUCAUACGAGUGACUAGGCAGAGAUCAAAAAUUCAAAUUAUUUGUAAUAAAAUUAGACUUAUAGCAAUAAUGUGUAAGAUAGAAAGAGAACUCGUUAACGAUCCUUUUUACGGGGAAAAAUUUGUAUUAUUUUUUAACCUUUAUCAUAGGUAAAAAAAAUUUUGACAAUGAAUAAUCUUCCUUUAAGCUUUAAAUAUCCAACUGAAAGUUUGACAUAUGUAUUAAAAUUUUCCAGAAAGAUCGCAUAUCGCAAUACACUGACUGAACGUUAACUUGAGAUAUGUUUGGAAAUAAUCGUGUGUAGCUUAGAUAGGAUAUUUUAUAUUAUAAUCAUUUUAUAGUUAUAUAUGUAAUGUUAUUAUAUAAACAUGUAAUAUAUAAUUUGAUAUUACAUAUAUACAUAUAUAUUACAUGAUUUAUUAUAAUGGCCUGUAAUGUUUUAAACUCGAAAGCAACGAGGCAAGAUUUUUAGACUGAUAUAUAGAGGAAAUAUUAUUUGCGUAAGUUACCUAUAUAUUAAUAAUAAUAAUACCAUCCGUGCCUACUAUUUACAUUUUCAUAGUUUUCGAUGUACAGAGGGAGAAACGUUCUAUCUCACAUGGUACUUUGUAAAUACAUACUUUAAGCGUAAUUUUUUUUCUUUAUAUGAGAUAUUACACGCAGCAUCACAUUUGUAAAAAAGAAAUGUAUAUGAUCACAUAAGGCAAAGUAUGAUCUGAGGCAGUAUAUCAGAAAAGUAUUGAGUAAUAAGUAUAUCUCGAGGAGGAUACUCUCUUUUUUUUUUUUAUCUAUGGACGCUUUGCAUUUAUCUGUAGUUCAGUUUUUUAAUUGUGAUAUCAAGAUAUAUAUCGUAUUAUUAAUAUCAUAUUAUUUUGACUUAUUAUUAUUAUUAUAUUAUUGUAUUAAUUGUAUGUUAUCUGCAAUUUCAUCGACACCAGUUAACCAAAGGCUGCGUCUCAUAUAUAUUUUAUUGCUAAAUUUAUAUAUAUAUAUAACACUUUUUAUUUUUUUAUAUACUCUAAAAAACCUACGGUUUUAUAUAUCAUAUUUCUAGGUCUUUCAACAAGUACAUAGCUGCGAUAAGAAAACGAUACUUGCCUUUUAUAGUAUUUUAUUAUAUUGUUAAUUUUUCGCAUUAAUAUUUCAUUCGUUUGUUCGAUUGUUUUUCAUCGUUAUCUUGUGAAAUACAUUUACUGUCGAACUCGACGAGAUACCACAUAUAUAUAUAAGGUUGCAGACUUUUUGUAAAAUUAGCCGUUUCACAAAAAGACUUAGCUUUUUUUUUUUUUUGUAAAGUCGAGUCUCUUUGCAGAGGUUAUAGAAAUUUUAUAGAGAGUUUUACAAAAACUUUAGAUUUUUUGUAAAAAAGAGUGAAUUUACAAAGAGUCUGCGACAGUCACACACGCACAUAAACUAGACUGUAAACAUCACGUAAACAGAGAUUAUUAAGUUAAUUGUAAACUUAGCAAUAAUCGAUGCGUUUUUGAUGUACAAUAUUUAUAAUGUAUAUGUAAAAAGUGACGUAUCGUCAGUCAAUACAUAUACAUUUGUUCCUGGCGUAAAGAAAACGAUAUAUACGACAAGUGAACGAAAAAACUAAUGCAGAAAAGAUCAAAUCUGUAAGGCUUCCGUAUGUGACACCGCUUCACAAACUUCUGUUCGCAUUUAUUAUGGCGACAAGAGAGGAAUCUAAACUUUACACAAUUACGCAGGUGAAAAAUUCUACAUCCUCGAAGCUUCAAUUUGCGAGGCGGAUUCGCUUUGCUCAUUUGUCGUUCGUUUGUUCAGCAUAUACGCGCCUUGAGCGUAAUCGUCGUUUUCGGGAAACUGUGCCAUAAACCAUACGAUAGUCCUGUAUGAUAUACGUAAUCAUAUUUGUACAAAAUCUGCAAGGACCUUUACCUCGCAUUGCGAUUUCGAAAUGGCCUUGAGGGGAACAGAAGCGUUCUGAUAAAUGAUUAUUCUUACUCUUUCAUUUGACAUACGCGCGAAAGACUGAAAAAUUUUACUGUCCAUAUUAUUUUUACAUCUUCACGUAGCUAACAGACGUGCGUGCGUUGUCUGUGUAACAUAUUUGUACAGCUAAAAUAAAAUUGUUUGUUAAUGUAAAA